AUGGUUUAUCUUGUCAUAGUUUAUUAUGAUAUCACGACCGUCCAUCUCUUCAGCGCGAAGAAGACUCAUUCCUUCCGUCCCAUCCGGGAGGACGAGAUAGCCCAGUUUGUGGCCCGGAUUUCGGCCCGAAUAUCGACCAGGCCCGAAUCCCGAAACCAGGCUGUCAACUUGAGCGAGAUGGCUAUUGAGCUCGGGAGCACGUUGAUAUGCCGGAUCGCGUUCGGGAAGAGGUACGAAGAGGGUGGGCCCGAGAUGAGGAGAUUCGACGGGCUCUUGAAACGGGCCCAGGGCGUGAUGGCUGCUUUCUACGUCUCGGAUUAUUUUCCCGCGUUUGGAUGGGUGGAUAGAUUGUGUGGGUCGGUGGGUCGGCUGGAAAGGGCUUUCCGGGACUUGGAUUCUUUUUAUCAGGAGCUUAUCGACGAGCAUCUGGGCCCGAAUCGGCCCGUGACUAUGAAGGAUGAUAUUCUUGAUACUUUGAUCCAGCUUAAGCAGAGCAAAACUUGUUCUGUUGACUUCACCUGGGAUAACAUCAAAGGACUUUUAAUGAACAUAUUUAUAGCGGCAACAGAUACGAGCUCGACAUCGAUCAUUUGGACCAUGACGACUCUAAUAAAGGCGCCACAAGUGAUGCACAAAGUACAAGCCGAGAUCAGAAACUUGAUUGGCAAGAGAGGAAAGGUAGACGAAGACGACUUGCCGAAGCUUUCCUAUAUGAAAGCGGUCAUAAACGAGGUUUUUAGAUUAUAUCCUCCGGCUCCAUUGCUCGUCCCACGAGAAACUAUAGAAAAAUGCACUCUAGAUGGAUAUGAAGUUCAACCUAAGACCAUUGUCUAUGUUAACGCAUGGGCGAUUGCAAGAGAUCCCGAGUUUUGGGAAAACCCGAAUGUGUUCUUGCCCGAGAGAUUCUUAGACAGCAAAAUCGAGAUAAAAGGACACGAUUUUGGUGUGGUCCCGUUUGGAGCCGGGCGAAGAGUUGUCCCGGGAUGUUUAUGGGGCUCGUGA